CAUAGGCAGGCUAGAUGGGUUAGUGUGACAUGUCUUGCUGUGUUGAGCUUCUUGAGUGUAUCACAUUUUCAGUGUCUUACUCUGAGUACAUAGAGGAAGGAGGAGCUGUACUGCCUGCUACUAAUCCAGACAUCAUCGCUGAAAGCUAUCACUGCCCUUCUGCCCUGGGCAAGGAGAUCACCAACACAGUUGAGCUGAAGAUGGCUAGCAGACAUGAGUCUCGGAGUUACUUGAAACCAACUACGGUGUCGUCCGUGACAUCAGGACAUAGUUAUCACUUUGCAUCCAUGGCUAACUCUGAGAAUGAUGUUUCAGAAGAAGAGGCGGAGGAGUAUGAGCUACGACCACGAGGGAGAGAAAAGACUAGAAGAAGCACGUCCAGAGAACGUCUGGAUGAUAUUAUAUUUAUAAAUAAGGACAUUAUUGAAGGGGAAACAUUAAUUUCAAUAGCCCUACAGCAUUGUUGUUCUGUUGCAGACCUCAAGAGAGCCAACAACCUCAUCAAUGAACAGGACUUUUUUGCAUUACGGUCAAUAAAAAUUCCAGUAAAGAGGUUCAGUUUACUUACAGAGACACAUUUCUACCCAAAAGAAAAGAUUUCAAGGACUGUAUUUACCCAACUUCCUCUUGAAAAUCAGGAAAACUACCCGGCCCUGGAAGCACUUUCUACCGAGACCGUUGAUUCUUUCUUACAAGAAGUAGACAGGGACAUUGAACAGAUUGUUAGGGUCACAGACAUGAAGAAGGAAAAUCUAGAUGACAUGGUCUCUGCUUUAACCCAAGAACCACAUUUUGAAACUGAGCCCAAAGCGGCCCAACAAAAAGAUCCUUAUCAUGGAGCGGACUGGGGGCUUGGCUGGUGGACGGCGGUCGUGAUCAUGAUCGUAGUGGGAAUAAUCACUCCAGUAUUUUAUCUUCUUUAUUAUGAGGUUCUUAACAAGGAACCGCCUUCUAAUUCAUCCCAUGGAAAAUGAUGUUUGUAAAAUAACUUUAUUAUUGAUUUCACGGUGCAAUGAUCCUGUGAGACAGAACCUCCCUUAUUACAAGAAGAAGACAGUGGUCAGACAAUAUAAGGUCUCACUCAUCCACAAGGCGUAUUAUGGCUUCUUUUGUAGAAGGGCUCUUAGUAUGAAUUCUGUAGAAUUCUUUAUGAAUUGACAGAAAAAAGUUACAUUCUUCAAUAGACUUUUUAUGUAUGCAGUUGUUCCAUUUUACAUGUAUUUUUUUUUUUAGGGGACAAUAUCUAUGUAUGGUCAGAAUCUAACAUGUCCACAUUGCAGUGUAUAUAAGUUGUAUGGCUCUCUACUGAUAGAACAGUACAGGUUCUGCCAUGUGCAUUAGCUCUUAGGCUGGUGGACCACUGGUAUGCUGAAUCUAACUUGGAUCACUUUAAGAUUCUGUGCUAAUCUAAGUUUGAUCAGUACAACUAUAAAAGAUUUGGGUAGGGCUAUUACAAUAUGGCUGCUAAGAUAUGGCCACAUUAUGACCAUGUAAAACCAGUCUGGAGCCCUAAAAGGACAUUGGUUGUCAUGUAAGGGCUUGUUUAUCUGUGGUCCUUAUUUAUUUCCAUAUAUUUGGCACAAAUGUAGAAGGUAACAUAGAACUUGCCUACACAUAUGUAAUGCAAUAAUAAGCUUGAAUGUGGGAUUCUUAUCUUGUGUGAGGCUGUUGUUCAGCAUUGCAGUGCAAUAGCUCCUGUGUGUGGGGGGUUUAUUUUUGUACAUACUGCCAAAUCUACACUGUGGAGAAUAACCACUUGUAUUUUAUAUUUCUUAUCACACUAAAGUCUAUGAGCUGCCAUUUCAAAUGUGUGGUUUUGUAUUCAUAGCGAAAAUGUACAGUCUUGAGUAUCAACCUUGUCAAUCAUGUUAUAGGGUGCCGAUUGGAAGUCAUAAAAGGACCCCUACAGUCACAACUCUAGUGAAAUGACAUGAAAGGGUUGUCCCAGAAUCUAAAAUAUUACUUGCCUUGCUCUUGGGUGGUUCAUUUCCUGCUCUGUGCCCAUGCAACCAGAUAGCUUUCAUCCCACUAUAAGAGAAAGGGCAGUGUUGCCAGGACAUACCGUAUAUACUAAAGGUGGCCAGAGACCUUUUAA